CCGCGGUCACGUGACUCGGGCUAAACCAGAUUAACGGCUCUGCCCGCCGGGAGUCCGCUGGCGGAAACGGGCACACAUUGCUUCAGACAAACGCUGGAUGUGGCGCCAUCAGUCCCCAUUGCUCCGGAAGCUGCUGGCCUGAACAGACUUAUUCCUUUUUUUCUUUUUCGGCAGCAUUCAUGAAAUAACCUCAAAUUUCAAAAUGAUUUCGCCGUGGGACCGAUGGUACUCGACGAGCUGCUGCCUUUGCUGCCACGUACGGACGGGCACCAUUAUUCUGGGAAUAUGGUACAUGCUCAUCAAUGCUGUGGUCCUACUCAUCUUGUUGUCGGCUCUCAAUGACCCAGUUCAGUACCGCUACCACCUUACCAGCUCUGAGCUGGGAACUGACAUCGAUGUCAUGGACGACGCAAAUAUCUGCAUAGCAACUGCAAUAUCUCUUCUGAUGAUUCUUAUAUGUGGCAUGGCAACGUACGGUGCUUACAAGCAACAUGCUGCUUGGAUCAUUCCUUUCUUCUGCUACCAAGUCUUCGACUUUGCCCUUAACACACUGGUGGCCAUUAGUGUGGUGGUUUAUCCAAACACAGUGCAGGACUACCUCCAGCAGCUGCCAGGGACAUUCCCUUACAAAGAGGACAUCAUGUCCACCAACAACAUGUGCCUAGUGUUUGCAGUCCUCCUCUUCAUUGGCUGCAUCCUCUCCUUCAAGGCCUACCUGAUUGGCUGUGUGUGGAACUGCUACAGAUAUGUCAGCGGCAGGGGGACCACAGAAGUCUUGGUUUAUGUCACCACAAACGACACCACGGUUCUGCUGCCACAGUACGAGGAGGCUGUGGCCAUCCCACCAAAAGAGCCUCCCCCCCAGUACAUGGAGGCGUAGAGAGGGGGCUCUCCACACUCCUCCACCUCCAGCAUCUCCCCGACCCCGGACCAACCCAGCCCCGGCUGCAGGGUGUCGGAAAAAACAAGGCAAAACAGCGUCUCCGACACUGCUUUCAGCUUGGACUCCUGCCAGCUUUAGAUUAGAUUAAGCUGACCCUGAGGCAGCAUAGCCAUUAACUCCCCCCCCACCCUCACCCCCAGCAAUCCCUCGCUGUUGUGACGUAUCGUCCCCCCUCUCCUCCGUCCUCCUCCGAGGACAACGUCACUGCCCCUGCGGGCAGGAACACCCAAACCCGUGCACGGCCCAAAAGUCCCAGCCCGACUUUGUGUGCACCGCUGUUUUUAAUUAAAGCCCGCCUCCUCGGCCACCAACUGUUAACUCCCGAUACUGUGAACUACCCUCGUGGUCUUUGUCUAAAAACUAACUACCUGUGAAGGGAUAAAGAGCAAAUGUGAAGGAAAUCGAGAAAUAUCGGCUCUACGAAAGCACUUUUUUCCAGAAAUCGACACGUUUCCUUCACUGAAUGUAAAGGGGGCGGAGGGUUAUUUUUGUAUGACUUUUUGUAUAAAGGUAAACACUGAGAAGGAACAUGAGAAAGCAAAAGGCAGUCCUGUUGUGAUCAGACAUCCUGUGUGCUAGUGUCCAUCCUGCCGGAAGACUAAUAGGGGGAAAAGAGACGGACUGUCCAAUAAAACCUGUCUUCCUUCUUCUUCUUCUUCGUCCCACUCCGUCAGCCCCCCCGAACCCGUCGACUGCCACUUAAGCCCCCCCUUAUUCACCCGGCCGUUAAGGCCACGAUAUUCCAGUUUGCCUUCCUGUCUUGUUCAAGGUCCGAGACGUCAUGCGAUCAGGUAAACAUUAGCUGUCCGCACACUCGCACACACAGAAAAUAACCGAGGUGUGAGCUGGUGUCCGCUGCAGCAGCAUCGACUGUGUCUUUAUGGGUCUGUUUCAUUUUUAUUUUUAGGAUGAUCGCGGUGCAUAAUCAGGUCAUUGUAGUCAGGCUGACUUAGCUGGACUGAGGGCAUUUUCCUAUGAAGACUGCAUGACGUGCUGUUGGAGAGGCAGAUCGUAUGAUGUCUGUGUUUUUCCUUUUUGCCUGUGUAGAAGCAUACGGUGAGACACUCUUUGGUCUUUUUGUUUAGUUGUUUUUUGUCGUCGCACAUGCUGCAUAAUCAUAAAAUGUUUUAGUGUGCAGGUUACCUUUUUGAGGCGUCAAUUUAGCUUAAAACGGAAUCAGUAGGAAUCUAGUUCCACCGUGUGAGCGCCGGUCAGCAGGUCAUCAGACGUAGACGUCCACCCACUUGGAAGCGGUUUUAUUCCAUCCAUCCCCUCGUAGACCCCCCCCCCGGUGUCAUCGUCAGUGUUUUAAAAAAAUGUCUACUGCUUCCGCAAAUCCAACAAAACAAAACAAAACGAAGAUGCACUUUAAAGUCAGCAUGAGCUCUCUGGAAACAUGAUGUGUGUAUGUGUGUGUGUGUUUGGUUCUUGUUGACCGUCCCAUGCUGUAGCUAAGAGGCUCUGACAGCCCCACCUGCUCCUGUCUAACCGCGCGGGCCAAUCCAUAUCUGUGUGUGUGUGAAAGCUGCCGAGAGGACAGAUCUCCACUCGGUUUGAAGGAUUGCUAAGACCUGCCCGGCAUCUGGACCGGUGUGUGUGGCUGAAGGCCUCGUGUAUUCAUGUGUCAUGUCAAGACUGUUUUUUCCCCUCUCCUGUUGUUGGAUCAGCAUGAGCUCUUGUGUUCAAUUCUGAGUAAUAAAAAGCCAAA